UGGCUCGGGCUGUCCCCAUCCCCACUUCUGGUGGUCGUUCUCGUGGAGCUGCUGUGGAUGAGGGUCGGUGUGUGGAUGCUGUGCACUUAUUGGGCAGCCCUGUGUUCCUCCUCUCUGCUGGAGCUGCCUGCUCAGGAAUGAUGCGAGCUUUGGGGAAUCCAAGUUGUUUGCUGUCAGUGUAAUGCUAGGUGGGAAGCCAGGCAUCUUCCGGGAGAUCGCAGGAGCCUUUUCUCAAUGCAGACCGGGGGAUUAUGGACUAAGAGUAUCAGCAGCAGCAUGGAGUUAAUAUUGGGGUUACUCUGCGUUUUUGCUUCGAUCAUACCAGUUCCAGGGUUUGGUGUGGACCCCUCCCUGCAGAUUGACAUCCUGGAGGAGCUCCAACUGGGAGAGGCCACUGUUGGAGUGCAGCAGGUCCAAGGACUCCACAACAGGAGCCGAGCCUACCUCUUCCAAGGUGUACCAAGAAGUUUAAAAGCAUCCGCAGCAACAGCAGAAAAUGUCUUUCAGAAACUGAGAGAUAAACAUGAAUUUACUAUUCUGGUUACUCUGAAGCAAGCUGUAUUAAAUUCGGGCGUUAUUCUUUCUAUUCAUCACUCAGAUCACCGGUAUCUUGAGCUUGAAAGCAGCGGUCAUCGCAAUGAAGUCCGGUUACACUACCGUUCAGGAAGCCACCAUUCUCAGACAGAAGUUUUCCCUUACAUUCUUGCAGAUGACAAAUGGCAUCGAUUCUCCUUGGCAAUCAGUGCGUCUCACUUGAUCUUACAUGUGGAUUGUAACAAGAUUUAUGAAAGAAUUGUGGAAAAACCAUACAUGGAUGUACCAUCUGGUUCAACGUUAUGGGUUGGGCAGAGAAAUAAUGCACACGGUUUUUAUAAGGGGAUAAUGCAAGACCUACAAAUUGUUGUCAUGCCUCAAGGGUUUAUCACUCAGUGUCCAGAUCUUAAUCGCACUUGCCCAACAUGCAAUGACUUCCAUGGACUUGUUCAAAAAAUCAUGGAGUUGCAAGAUAUCUUAGCCAAGACAUCUGCAAAGCUGUCAAGAGCAGAGCAGAGGAUGACAAGGUUGGAUCAAUGCUACUGUGAGAGGUCUUGCACUGUAAAGGGCAAUAUUUAUCGAGAACUGGAUUCCUGGACAGACGGUUGUAAGAAAUGUACAUGCGUGAAUGGGACUGUUCAAUGUGAAACACAAAUCUGCCCUGUGAGCAAUUGUAUGGAUAAUUCUGCACCUGCAUAUGUUCCUGGCAAAUGCUGUAAAGAAUGUCAGCCUGUGUGCGUAUAUCAAGGCCAGAUGUAUUUUGAAGGGGAACAGGAAGCUGUCUAUUCCAGUACAGGCAUGUGUGUUCUGUUCAAAUGUAAGAACAGUAAAAUGCAACGUGCAGAGUCAGAAAACUGCCCACCCUUGAACUGUCCACAGUCACAGCAGAUGACUUUGAAGAACAGCUGUUGCAAAGUAUGCAAAGGGCAUGACUUCUGUUCAGAAGGGCACAACUGUGUGGAAUAUUCAGUCUGUAAAAACUUAGAUGAUAAAGCCGUUUGUGUCUGCCGAGAUGGAUUCCGAGCUCUUAGAGAUGAUAACGCUUAUUGUGAAGAUAUUGAUGAAUGUGCUGAAGGUCGGCAUUAUUGCAGGGAAAAUACCAUGUGUGUGAAUACUCCGGGAUCUUUUAUGUGUAUUUGCCAAACGGGAUAUCUGAAAAUCGAUGACUACUCUUGUACAGAGCACAAUGAAUGUGAAACAAACCAGCAUAACUGUGAUGAAAAUGCAUUGUGUUUUAACACAGUGGGAGGACACAAUUGUGUUUGUCAGCCUGGAUACAUAGGAAAUGGCACCGUGUGUAAAGCUUUUUGCAAAGACGGCUGUAAGAACGGAGGUACCUGCAUUGCUCCAAAUAUGUGUGCGUGUCCCCAAGGCUUCACCGGGCCCAGCUGUGAAACAGACAUUGACGAAUGCUCUGAAGGUUUUGUUCAGUGUGACAGCCGUGCUAACUGCAUUAACCUACCCGGCUGGUACCACUGUGAAUGCCGGGAUGGAUACCACGACAAUGGGAUGUUCUCUCUUGGUGGAGAGUCAUGUGAAGACAUUGAUGAAUGCGCAACAGGAAGGCACACCUGCAGCAACGACACUGUUUGCUUCAAUUUGGAUGGUGGAUUUGAUUGCCGUUGUCCACAUGGAAAGAACUGUUCUGGAGACUGUGUACAUGAAGGGAAGAUCAAACACAAUGGCCAGAUCUGGGUUUUGGAGAAUGACCGCUGCUCAGUUUGCUCAUGUCAAACAGCACUAGUAAUGUGUCGUCGCAUGGUUUGUGAUUGUGAAAACCCAACUGUGGACCUGUUUUGCUGCCCUGAGUGUGACCCAAGACUCAGCAGUCAGUGCCUACAUCAAAAUGGAGAACUCACAUACAAAAGUGGCGACACUUGGGUACAAAAUUGUCAGCAGUGCAGAUGUUUGCAAGGAGAAGUUGAUUGCUGGCCAUUAUCAUGCCCAGAUGUGGACUGUGAAUUUAGUGUGGUUCCUGAAAGCGAGUGCUGUCCACGCUGUAUCAGUGACCCUUGCCAAGCAGACAUCAUUCGGAACGAUAUCACAAAGACAUGUGUAGAUGAAACUAACGUGGUUCGCUUCACAGGCUCCUCUUGGAUUAAGCAUGGCACAGAGUGCACCCUCUGUCAAUGCAAGAACGGUCACAUGUGUUGCUCAGUGGAUCCUCAGUGCCUUCAGGAGCUGUGAAAGGAAUUUCUGUCUCCAGUAGAAGGGUUAAAAUAAAGAAUGUUUUCCACACUGACCUUACACCAAAAAAAUGCAUACAAUUUUAAAUAUAUAUGCUAUUAAAAUAAUAUUGCCUACUAACAAUGUGCAAACUGAUUAUGUUCACAAGGCCAAAUAUAAAAAAAAUGUUUUCAUUUCAUUUGAUGCCAAAUAUAUAUAUAUCAGUUAUUACUGAUCCUCUAUUUCAAUCCAGAACUUCGGUCUUCAUUGCCCCCAAUACAUUUAGGAUAUCCUCUCAAAUGGCCAUAUUAGUCUUUAAUUAGCUUACAUGCAUUUG